AUGGAAUAGUCUAAUGUCAACACGGGAGAUCGAAUUAAUGAUAAUUCAUCUUCAGAAGAAAUUGAUCUAGAAUUAUAAGAUGAUGAAACAUAGGUCAAUUAGGAAUGCCCUUAGGAACAGUAAGUCUUGAGUCACUUAUUGGAAAUAGGAGAAUUCAUCGAUUAUUUAGAUUCAAAUACAAAUAAAUGGAUAACUAUGAAGAUUGUGGAUAUUUAAAACUCAAAUAUAAGACUUUAAUCUCCUUACUCCUCAAAUACUUUCUGGAUACAAUUUUCAUAUGAAAUUAUUCGUAAAUAGUGGAUUCCUGGAGUCCCUCUAUAGAACACAAGAGUCGAAGUCUAUAAUUCCAACAAGGGAUGGUUAAUUGGUAUGGUCCUACAGGUAGAUAAGGACUCAGUACUAAUCCAUCAUUAGGGAUAUAAGAGAAUAUACGAUCAGAAUUAUCAACUCAAGGACAUUCAUCCUCUUGGUUAAAACUCAAAUGAGCCUGGAAUAGGAAAAUUAUUAAAAUAACAGCCUUAAUCAAUUCUAAGAUUGUAGCAUCGAUUUAACCUUUAUCUACAAUUAUAAAAUCUUUUAUCCAUGCGAAAAAAAUAUAAGGAAAUGGAAACAUCCUUACAAUCUAUUUUGAGUGAGUAGGGAAUGCUUAUAAGGGAAGUAUAAGGCGAUGGUAAUUGUAUGUUUAGAGCCAUAAGCGAUCAAUUAUAUGGCAAUGAAAUUUAUCACAAGGAAUUACGUAAAUUUGCUAUGCAGUACAUUCUAUAAGAGAAGGACUAUUUCUAAGAUUACAUAAUAAAUGGGAAUGUUGAAGAAUAUGUCGAAUACAAAUCAAAAGAUGGUGUUUGGGGAGACAAUAUAGAACUAUAAGCCUUUCGAGAACUCUAUGAUAUUCCUAUUGAGAUUUAUGUUUGCAGCAAAGAACCAUUAAAAACUGGAUUAGAAGCCAAUCCAUUUAAUAAAGAACCAAUCAGAUUAUCAUAUCAUGGGAGAUCUCAUUACAACUCAAUAAAAUUAAAGGACAAACAACAUUCAGCCUUAUUAGGAAGUCUAGAAAUUAGUUAAUAUGAAAAACAAAUGUUCGAGAAAUUGCAAGAAUAGAAAAACAAGCAAAAUGCAAAUAAUAAUAAUAGAUAUGGACAAUAAUUGUCAAGAGCUUAAUUUGAGAAUUGUAUUAGCAACGAAUUAGACAUAAUUUUUAAUGAAUCCAAAAGAUUAUUCUAGGAUCAAUAACUAAAAAAUGAGUAAACUGCCAUUAAGGAAUCGUUGCAAUAGCUCGAAUACGAAGAAGAAGAGGAAUAACUCAUGGAUAUGGUAAUUAAGGAGAGUGUUCAAGAAGCUUAAUUUAAUUAAUAAUAUCCAGAUUAAUAGCAGGAAAAAUAAACUUAAAAAUUAUAGCAAUUUUAAUAACAAUAAUAAUAGUAAUAGUAAUAAUAAUAAUAAUAAUAACAAUAAUAAUAAUAACCUAAUUUAGAGAGUGAAAUAUUAAGGAAGAUUAUGGAAUAAAGCAAAUAGGAGUAGGAAUAAUAAUUUAUACAAUAAUUUGAAGAUACACAAUUUUAAAAUGCUUUGAAGGAAAGUGAAAAAACAAUUUAUGAAGACCCCAUGAAUAAUCCUGUUAUUGCCUAAGUUAUGGCAAUGGGGUUCUUUACACUUGAAUAAGUGAUCGAAGGUUAUGCAAUUCAUAGGGAUGACCCAGAUAUGAUCAUUAAUUAUCUUUAUGAAAAUUUCUAAUGA